CAGGGAGACAAAAAGCACUUGUUCGGAGGCGGUCGGAGUACCGCUGUCUCUGUCCAGGUCGUUGGUCUUAAAGCAACAAAAGAUAUAUAUUUAUACACAUUUAGUUCGGAAAGUUGUUGAUAAUUUAACGCAAUCUUAUUUUUUCCCUCAAACUGAGUGAAACUUUGGUUGGAAGGAGAGUUUUAACAGGAAAACCGAAGGGACGCUGGUCUCAGUUUUGGACAUCUGUGAGCAAUGUUUGACCGGCAGCAUUACGAGAGCCCACCGGUCUACAGCCCUCCUUUUACCCCUCCAUCCAACAAUGGAUUUGGCCCUGCGGGGAGUUACAACAGCCCUCAGAGCGAUUACAAUGCAUACCCACCUCCGCCAGGGUCGUACUACAUCGAGGACAGACCACAGCACUUCUACAAAUGGCUGUCCCCUCCCGGGAUCACCAAGGCGAUGAUGGCCGCGGUGAUCGUGCUGUGUCUGGCAAUAUUUGCGUGCGUGGCCUCGACUCUCAUGUGGGAUAUGCAGUAUGGAUACGGCACCGGCGGUUACUAUGGUUCUGGUAGUAUGGGCUACGGCAGCGGAUACAUGGGAGGCAGCUACGGCUCGGGCUACGGCGGAGGUUAUGGAGGUUACGGCGGCUAUGGAAACCAAUAUGGUUCCUAUGUUUCUCCUUACUCUGCCAAAACUGCAAUGAUCGCCAUGGCAGCCAUCAACUUCAUCGGAUCACUCAGCUUCUUUAUUGCCAGCUUCUCUAAAUCCCACACAGUCCGCAGCAGGAAGUUCUUCCUGGCCAUCCUCAUAGCCACCAUCAUCUUGGCCGUCCUGCAGGGUAUCAUAACCAUUGUCUACAUCGUUGGGGUGAACCCCAUGGCCCAGGGCUCUUCCAGUAUGAUGUACAAUCCGAUGCUCAUGAUGUGCCAGAACCUCUACCAGUCCACCAGCUACUCGCAGAUGGGAGGAGUGGGAGGCUUCCCCAUGUACAACCAGUACCUGUACCAUUACUGCUUUGUGGAUCCUCAGGAGGGAGUUGCCAUGGUGUGCGGAUUCCUAGUUGUCAUCGCGUUGGGAGUCGCUGCUUUCUAUGCGCACAAGACAAGAGGGAAGAUCUGGCGCUACGGAAAACCAAACAUCUACUGGGAUGAGCCUCUCGUCGGGGGGAAGGCCUCUGAGGGCAGAGAUGUAGAGGAAUGGGUGAACAAUGUGGAGGAAAGCCGCAGUGUUCAGGAUGCACCUACGCUGCUGGUGUCAGAGAAGGGAGGCGGGCUGCUCAACGCCUCGGCUAACAGCGUCAUUUCAUACCCUCCGGUCAAAGUGGACAGCGGAUCCUACAAUGGGGAUGAUAACCAGUACUCUGAGAGAACAACCAGCCGGCCGUCGGAGGAAUUCCCCCACGGCGGACGGAACAGCUCCAGCCCUUCAGACGACACAGGUGGAGCCCGCAAACCCUCUGCACACAGAGGCAAGAGGCGCAGACGCAACCCAGAACUAGACGAGUCUCAGUAUGAAACGGAGUACACCACCGGGGGAGAGACGGGCAACGAACUCGACAUAGAACAGUGGGAGCGGAUGUACCCGGAGAUAAGAUCGGAUGUUCAGCGUCAUGACUAUAAAAGAGAGUUCGACGCUGACCUUCGGCUGUACAAGCGACUGUGUGCAGAAAUGGACGACAUUAAUGAUCAGCUGAACAAACUGAGUCGGCAGCUGGACACGCUGGACGAAACCUCCUCCAAAUACCAGGCUGUUGCGGAUGAAUAUAACCAGCUGAAGGAUCUGAAGCAGACCGCAGAUUAUCAGUCUAAGAAGAAAGAGUGUCGUAGCCUGAGACACAAACUGUUCCACAUCAAGCGCAUGGUGAAAGAGUACGACAAGAAGCACUGAGGGAUCCCCUUCGCCCCAACUCUCAGCGCUACGGUUCACACUGAAAAGCUUUGCAGACAUGCGCCAAAAUACACUCCCAAACACUGGAAAGACUGUGACAUGCUGAAACCAAAGUUGCAGCAUACGAACUGGCACGUGCGCACACAUACAACACACUGACACACACCUACACCGGGGAGCAUUUUGUAUAUUGGAAAUAAUAAUCUAGAUUUGUUUUUAUUUUUGUUCACUCGCAUAUAAUCACAGUUUUCGUGGAGGAAAAAUAAAGGCAGACGUAAACGUCUCUCUGAAGAUUAAGCUAAGUGUUUGCUGUGCUGCACGCAGACAGGUGGGCGCAGUGAGAGAGAGGUUGUUUGAAAGUUAUCUGAUCACCUUUGAUAACCCGGGGAUGUUUGUUCUGCAGAUUCGCUGCGUUUCUUUGUUUUAUCUCCGCAGAUAAAGACGUGGAGCAGUAUUGUAGGGAAUGUAGCGACGGUUGAGACAAGUCGCAGCGAUUAUUUCUUACGUAACCUUUGUUGCAAACGAUCUUCAUUUGAGCUUUUUUUCUCACCCACCUCAGUGUUUGUAAUUACUUUAACCAUCAGUGAUCCGCUAACUGUGGUGACCAUGCUACUGUUUUUAUACUGAUUGAGAUCUGAUAAGACCAAAAAGAGGAGAGACCGGCCAGUGAGACAUAUGUGACCUUCUUAUAUUGUACAGCACAGACUUUUAAUGAUUCCACUUCACUUACCAAGAACAAACGUAAACAUUCGUCUGCUCGAAUAGUCUGUUAGGUUCUUAAGGAUGUGUGAAAUGCUAAAGACUCGUGGUGGCUUGUUUCUUUGUUUUGUUUGAUAAAUCAGUGUUCAUUCAAAAAUCUUCAUAAGCUGUUCAGAUAAGUAAACUUAACCAAGCUAUUUUGUAUCAUGAAUACUUCUCAACAAACGUGUCAUUUGAUUCCUUUUCACUGAAAUCUGCUCUAGUUUUAUAUUAAUCAGUUUCAUCUAAAAGAAAUCUGCUGUACGUUUUAAAAUUUAGGCACAUCUUUGAUUUCUUAUGCAUUUGUAUUUUUAUGAAGAGUGUUUUAUCAUUUUACAAACCAUUUGCGAGCCAUUUAUUUUUGUAAGAAUUUAUUUUCUUUGAUGCCAUUAUUAUGAAAUACCUUUUUUUUUUGUAACCGUACACUUCCAUAAAUUAUGUUGUCUAAAA